AUGAAGUCGAUCGUUUUCUCCGUGGUUUUCGUUAUUGGAUUAGUCCAAGUAAACACGGCGGAAGUCCAAAUGAAAACUUUGAAAAGGGUCACAAGGCAAGCGAUGAGUUUCACAGAAAACCAGUACAUUCAACCGAUCGUUUCUAAAAUCAUCCUUCACUGCAAAGCGAAUCAUUUAUCUGCCGAUGGAGCCCAGAAACUGCAAAAACUAUACGAUGAUAUGAUAUCGUGCAGAUCGAAAUUAACACUAUUCUCGAUACCCAAAGACGAAUAUCUCGAUAAAGUCAAAGCCUGUUCCAAAGAGGCGUUCGCCCAAUCGGUAAACUGUUUGCCCGAAGAGUUAAAGCAUUUACCCGAAUUGGCGAACAGCUGGAUGACAUCGGUGCCCGCCUAUCUCUACGAUCACAAAAAAGCCAUCGGCGCGCCGGAAACGGUUCGGUGCCUCAACAGGUUCCGGGAAACUGACGUCGAGUACGCGUACCUCGGCUGCACGCUUUCCGUGGCAUUUGAAAACGUCCAGCCAAGCGGAGUCAUCUCGACGGACGAGCAAUUUUGCGGAACGUACGUCAAGGCGCUGAAAUGUUUGCCGAAAACUAUCAACAAAUACUGCGCUGACGACGAGUCAGUUAAAAAUACUUUUGCAGGUUUAAUCGAAGCCGCCACCGAGCCUUGCAAGAUAUAUUUGAAAUAG